AAUAACUUAUCUCCGACUGUGAAUGAUAUGAAAACCAUAUGUAGAAUAUGUAUGACACAUCUCCAAAAUAAUGGAAUUUUAAUAUUUCAGUCAGGAGGUCAAGAUGUAUCAAAUAAGAUCAAGGCAUUUGCUUCGAUAGAGGUCGUAGAGGGAGAUGGAUUACCUUCUUCUGUUUGUAAAAUUUGUCUUGAACUAUUAGAAAAAGCUUAUUUAUUAAAAAAGCAAUGUGAAGAAUCGGACAAGGUUCUAAGAAGCUACUUGUCAAAUUCAAAUAAAAUUUUUAACUAUGACCCAGACUGUGAUAUAAACGAAGUUGAGAGUGUUGAUGAUGUCGAUGGCUGCAAUUCAGUGGAAUCCAUCAAUGGGAAUGAAGUUAUAAAAGAAAAACAAAACAUAAUAAGUAGAACGUUAAACAAACUAGACCCAACAGAAUUAAAAUGUGAUAAUUGCUCAAGCACCUUUCAGAAAUUAAACCAAUUAAAACUACACAUGCGAGUGCAUAGAAAAAAAAACGUCAAUUGUAAAACUUGUCUGAAAUCGUUUAAUUCUUCAUAUGAAUUAACACAGCACAAUAAGUUGCAACACGGUAGUUUUCAUAAGAGAAAAAUUGAAGAAACAACACACUUGUGUUCGGUUUGCCAAGAAAAGUUCUCAGAUAAUGCUGCUCUAAUAGACCAUAUGCUUGUAAAACAUACAGAGAAAAGAGUGAAUGUAUCCGAUAAAUCUCGAGAAUUAAUCUGCAACAUUUGUAAUAAAACCUAUUUGAACCACAGAAACUUGACGGCUCAUAUGGGGACUCACACGGGCAAUAAACCAUUCCAGUGCAACAUCUGUGAGAAACGCUUUACUCAAGGGCGAGCCUUUGCCUGCCACAUGAGAACCCAUUCUGACAUAAUCGAAAAACCAUAUAAAUGCAACGUUUGCGAAAAGGAGUUUGCAAAGGAAUCUCAGUUAACCGUCCACAUAAAAAAACAUAGCGGCCAGUCACAUACCUGUACAAUUUGUGGAAAAAGCUACAGCAACUCUGGAAAUUUAAAGGGUCACAUGAGGUUACACACUGGCGAUAAGCCUUAUACAUGUCACAUUUGCCAUCGCAAGUUUGCCCAAAGCAACGCUCACUCCUAUCACAUGAAAACUCAUUUCGGGGAGAAACCGUUUUCCUGUGACAUCUGCUCAAAAAUGUUCACGACCAACGGACAACUUAUCAAUCAUCGACGAUUACAUACAGGUGAAAGACCAUUCGCUUGUACAAUGUGCCCUAAAAGAUUUACACAGAAAUUCGCGUGUACGAUUCACAUUAUGACCCACACUGGAGACAAGCCACAUCUCUGCAGUAUUUGCGGUAAAAAAUACUCCCAAGGUAGCCAACUUGCGGAACACAUGAGGGUACACAACGGUGAAACACUGCAGUGUAACGUUUGUGGGAAGGCUUACACCACCACGGGAAACCUCGCCGCGCACAUGCGUACCCACACGGGCAUCAAACCCCACGUUUGCGACGUGUGUAACAAAGCAUUCUACGUUCCCAACAAACUGGCUAAGCAUAAACGCACUCACACGGGAGACAGGAAAUACAGCUGCAACGAUUGUUCUAAGAAGUUCAUGUCUUUGGAAUCGUUAAAAAUCCAUUCUAGGACUCAUUCGGGUGAACGUCCUUAUCCUUGUCACUACUGCGAUAAGAGUUUUAUUAGCGGAUCCCAUCGUACCGCCCAUUUGAAAACUCACGUUGAGAUAAAGUCCCACGUUUGCAGAGUGUGCUCUGUCAGUUUUGAGAGUUCUGCUGAAGCAGAGGCGCAUCAGGCUGUGUGUAGCAAAUCUGUGAGGGACGCUUUCACAAAUUUGAGCGGAGAAUUUCUAUAACUGAAAUUCUAUACAAAGUCAGGUAAAUAUUUUUUGUUUUACGUCCACCUUUUCCUUACAAGCUUGCCAUUUAUGUUUUAAGUCGUAAAGGGGAUAAUUUCUAGCCAUAUUUUCAUGUUUUAUUGUAAAAUAUAUAUAGAGCACUAGUUGUACAAAAUAUUUUUACAUGAAAAUCAACAUUUAAUAGUUAAAAAUUAUGUAGAAUUAAUUUACUAUAUACUUACAUGUACAUCAUAUUUAUGUGUUUACAAACUUGGAGAGAAUUUUUCAAUGGUAGAUAGGAUGCAUUUUCAAUAAUCAGAAUUGUUGAAAUUGUAAAACAACAGUUAAAAUUAAUGAUAAUCAAAAUUAUUAAAACUUAUUGAGAACGUCUGGAAUCGUCGCUGACAUACAUACUUCAAGAAAAGAGGUGCAUAGUUGUGGCCAUAAAUGGCGUGUCUCUGAUUUUUGUCGCACUAAACAGCUCCUUGAUUUAUUUUUCAAUUGACCUCUUCAACUUUGUAAACACACAACACAAAAUUUACAUGAUCUCUGAAUAAAAUUAUUCAUCCUAAUA